GCAAUCUCUGGGCUGGAUUAGAGGCUGCGCAGGGAAUGGAACAAGUUGCUCUAAGGAGAGCGAGUGUUGGAAGAAAAGCUUCUUAUCUGCCGUGACCCCCGAACAGCGGCCGGUCUGCUCUGCCCAUUACCCCCUUUUAGUGAGAGAGUGAGAGAGUGAGGGGGGGGGGGGAAGAAACUAAAAGACUGGAGACUAUUUGGAUGCAGCUCCGACCAUCUGGUCAAUUUCAACGCGAAGCUGACACGCUCCAAUAUAUCAUUUCCUUUCUCUCCUCCCUCUCGCUAUUUUGCAGCCGGGCUUCCCUCUGAACAUCUGUGCAAGGAAGUUUGACAAUAAGGAGAGAGAUUGGAGCCGGACUCGGACGAGGCCACGAUCCCGAGCCUGUUGAGUGCAGCCGAGGGCCCUUGGCAUUCGCCUCCCACCUGUCGCCGAACCCAGGAGGGUCGCGGGCGCCGCUGGAGUCUCGGGAUCGGGAGAGAUGGCGGGCGCUGCCGCCGGUUGUUCCCUGCUCUGCCACGCGGUGAUCGCGCUGCUGCUUCAGUUUGGCCGGGCCAGCGACUGGAACACGCUGCCACGCAAGACCGUGACACACGAUGUGCUGAGGGAAGCGAGGCGUUUCUCAAAGCCCCGGGUCUUCAACUACACCAGCCUGCACUUGGACGAGGAUGCAGAGGUGCUGUAUGUCGGGGCUCGAGAGGCCAUCUUCGCUCUCUGGAUGGAGGAUGUCACGGUGGAGGUGAAAGAAGCGAUUGUAUGGAGCGCCCCGACGGAGAAAAAAAAGGAUUGUGUCCAGAAGGGGAAGAACAACCAGACUGAUUGCUUCAAUUACAUCCGCUUCCUGCAGAGCUUCAACAGCACUCACCUGUACACCUGUGGCACCUACGCCUUCCAGCCCAGAUGCACGUAUAUCGACGUGCAGAAUUUUACUUUGGACAUGGCAGCCAUGGAUGGCGGGAAGGGAAAGUGUCCCUAUGACCCUGCCAAAGGUCACACCGGCCUGAUUGUGGAUGGUGAGUUGUACUCCGCAACGCUGAACGACUUUCUUGGCACCGAGCCGGUCAUUCUGCGCAACCUGGGGCUGCGCUACUCAAUGAAGACCGAAUAUCGCGCCACCUGGCUGAAUGAACCAAACUUUGUUGGUUCCGCUUACAUCCAGGAAAGUGCGAACAUCGAGGUGGGGGACGAUGACAAAAUCUAUUUCUUCUUCAGCGAGCGAGCAGUGGAGUACGACUGCUACAGGGACCAAGUGGUGGCUCGAGUUGCUCGCAUCUGUAAGGGUGACCUGGGCGGGGCUCGAACGCUUCAGAAGAAGUGGACCACCUUUCUCAAGGCCCGGUUGUUGUGCUCGCUCCCUGAGCAGCAACUUCACUUCAACGAGAUCCAGGCGAUCUACACGUUGAACGAUAGCAGCUGGCAGGACACAGUGUUCUUCGGUGUCUUCCAGGCUCAGUGGGCUGAUCUGGACGUGUCUGCCGUGUGCCAGUACCGGAUCGGGGAUAUCCAGCGAGCAUUCGAUGGGCCGUACAAGGAGUACCGGGACCAGGCACAGAAGUGGGGACGAUACUCGGAUAAAGUGCCGAGCCCCAGGCCUGGAGCGUGCAUCACCAACAGCCACAGGGCCAGCGGGUACAACUCCUCCCUCGAGCUGCCAGACAACACCCUCAACUUUGCCAAGGAGCACCCGCUGAUGGACGAGCUAGUGCAGCCGGUAGGCCGCAGGCCACUGCUCAUACAGAAGGGGGUGAGGUACACGCAGAUGGUGGUGGAUCAGGUGGUGUCGUGGUCCGGCACGCACUAUACCGUGCUCUACAUCGGCACAGGAACGGGAUGGCUUCAGAAGGCCGUGAUGGUUGGCCCUCAGACCCACGUCAUCGAGGAGAUCCAGCUCUUUGGGGAGGAGCAGCCCGUGGAAAGCUUGGUCAUCUCCAAGAAGAAGAAGCUGCUGUUUGCCGGCUCCCACCACCAGGUGGUCCAAGUUCCGGUGGCCGAGUGUCGGAAGUACAAAGGCUGCGCGGAUUGCAUAAUGGCGAGGGAUCCACACUGCGCCUGGGCCAACCACGAGUGCGCAAGGAUCGACACCUUGACGAAGACCCUCACCGUGUACCAGGACGUGGAAUCUGCCAACGUUGACUUGUGCCCGAGGAUGGAACCUGUCAAAGCAGAUCCCAGGUCCAAGGCCGUUGCUGCGGUGACUGGCACUGCCAUCCUCAUGCCUUGCCCGCUCAUCUCCAACCUGGCUCUACCCAAGUGGCUCUUCAAGGGGCAAGACCUGGCCAGAUUUACCAGCGCCGGCUAUGAGAUUCGGCCCGGGGCCUUGCAGAUAUUGGACGUGGGCUCGCAGCACGGAGGGAGCUACCUGUGCUACUCCGAGGAGCGGCACGGGCGGGUCUUGGCGGGCAACUACUCCUUGGUGGUCUUCUCCAGCCAAGCCACGGCGCUGGAAAGCCGAUCGGCGGGCUUCAACCUGGGCUUGGUGUGGCUGGGCGUCUUGGUCCUGGGUGCCGUGGUCUUGGCCUGCCUGCUGGGGACGGUCAUCUACCUCAACCGCAAGCUGAAGGAGCAGCUGGAGAAGACGGCCGGGGCUCGGGAGACCACGGGCGCCAGGACGUGCGAGCGGCCGCUGCCCAAGGAGGUUCCCCGCGCCACCACCUUCAUCCCCAGCCAGACGUCCAGCUCGGACGAGAAGCUGUGGGAGGCACCAUCGUACUACUACUCGGACGGGUCGCUGAAGAUCGUGCCGGGCCACGCCGUGUGCCAGAACGGCAGGGGGUCACCCGCACCCAACGGCACCGCCAACGGCAUCCCCGGCCAGCCGCUGCCCACCGCCCUCCAGUCGCCCACCCGCCUGAAUCUGGCCAACAUCCGCGGGGCCAACACCAACGGCUACAUCCGCCUGCAGCUCGGAGACGAAACCGCCGACCCCUUCUCCGAGGAGCUGCGCAAGAAGCUGAAGCAGCGGCAGAUGCUGCCGGACGCCAACCCCGAGGAGUCGUCUGUGUGACCGGAGCUCACCGCUCCCCCCGUUCCACCGCCCCGGCUACCUCAGCUCCCUGUAAAUAGGCACGAGGAACCUAACACUGAGAAACCACCCCCUUGUAUAUACUUCACAAGAGACAGCUUUUUACAGGCAUUCGCAGAAACCUAAAGACAUACCAAGCUGGGUCCAGCCACGGGCUAUAUCCCUGCACUCCCACUCCCUCUAUAACUGUAGCUGAACUUUACCCAUUGUGAACGGGCAGAGAGACCACACACUGGCACGCACUUCCUCGUCAUUCCACACCUGCUCUGGAGCAAGAUGGCUGCCUGGCAAACAGUGUGAGCUGCCGUUGGAAUAGAGGGGGUACCACAGUGACGUCUGGCCCGGGGCUUCUCGUGUCACUUUGGGGGAACAGCUCACCUAUCUGAGUUGGCAACGUUGGCACUGGGGCAGGUGAUGCAGGGACACAUCCAUCCUUCGAUGUCGAGAGCAAUCUGAACAGGCGCCCUCUCCAACCACUGACACCUUCAACCAUACGGAGUGAAUUGACACCAGUGAACAAGAGUUGGGGCGUGUGGACUCCUCUCACCCGGAUGACCUACAACUUGUUACAGUCUUGCUGAUGAACAAAAUGGAGAAGCAAUCAGUGGUCCUCAUCAGCUUGGGGAGUAGACCGAGAAGUUGGGUGCCAUCUCUGUCAACCAUUGGACAUUUGAGGAAUGAUCUACUGGACAGGAAUCUACCAUGAGUUUGGGUGCUAUUGUAUAGAUUGACCCUGCCGUGUGUGUGGUGGCUGGGACCUGCUUCGCAAGCUGCUGUAAAAGUGGUCUACAAAGCCCCUGGUCUAUGGACUCUUAACAAUGGAGCACAUGUGUUGUGGAGAAUGAAUGGCCAGGCAGUGGCCAAGUGUUAGAUGUUGGUGUUGUACAUAACCAAGCCCAGUUACGUUAAAGCUGAACACACAGAGUCCUGGAGGAACUCAGUGGGUCAGGCAGCAUCUUUAGAGGGGAUCGGAUGGGUGAGGUUUCGGGUCAGGACCUUGAUUGCUGGAAAAGGGAAGUGGGGGUUCGGUCAAAGCCUGGAGAGUGAUGGGUGGAUACAGGGGAUAGGACAGGGGAUUGGGGGGGGGGGGGGGGGUUGGCAGAUGGGAGGAGUAAGUGACAAUGGAGACCGAGGUGGGUGGUAAAAAUGGAGAGAAGAUGAGUGAGAUGUAAAGCUGGAGGGAGGCAAACAGAUUGAAGGGGAUAGAGGGCGGGCAAGAGAGGUGAAGGCAGGAGAAUGAGGUUGGGGGGGAAAGAGAUAGAUCAGCCAUGGCGGAGUAGACAGAUGGGCCGAAUGGCCUCGUUCUGCUCCAGACGUUCUAGUUUCUCAACUUAUAAAAGGGAAAUAAUGGAAGAGACAGGGGUGGGAGAUGUUAGCAGGUGUAUUGUGAUGAAAUUGUCGGCAGUAUUGGAGUGGUCAUUUGGGCAAUUGCGUGGAGGAUGACCUGAUUUGCUUGGAAGUCUUACUGAGUCGGGAUUGACACGAAAUUCCUGUUCCGUUCGCACCAGCCAUGGGGAUAAUGCCUGACCCCUCUUCCACCUUGUGCUGACAAGACUUCAGUUGUACAUAAUAAUGGCGAGGGUGUGGGGAGAUGGGGUCACGGGAGGAGAUGGACCAGGGUGAGAGAAACCCAAGACCUAAUGGGAGAAGAAGGAACUCAGUUGCAGACAGGGACGGCCGGGAGAAAGGAACGCUGUACGUUAUUGAGUCGGUCAGAAUCAGUGUGAGGGCAAGAUUGGUGCGGAGGUCGGUUGAGGCUGGAGUUGGGGACGAUCAGCUCCUGGGUAUUUCUGCCUCAGGCUCUGCUGAGGAGAGGGAGAUUCUCACUCUGGCCAGGACACAAGGAAUCUGGGAGCGGGGAGGGGCGGGAAUGAGAGAGGAUACAGAGAGGGACUCUCUGCAAGAGAUGAGCAGUGAGCUGCCAGUGAGGGGGAGCGAUGCCAAGGAGAGGACAAGAUGGCUCGGUUGGCAAAGUUGGCGUUCGUUGGCACACGGUCACAGUGGCUUGCCCACGCCAACGUUCUCUUCAGAGAUAGACACAAAAUGCUGGAGUAACCCAGCGCGACAGGCAGCAUCUCUGGAGAGAAGGAAUGGGUGACGUUUCGGGUCGAGAA